GCGGAGGAAUGAUUUGCAUUUUCCAAACGCACGGUGUUCCCUAUCCAGCCUUUUGGCUCGCUAAAAAACACAAUAUUUGAUUUAUUUUCUUCCCAUUUUGUACACAUUUCUGUGUACCACCACAGCUGAAGACCUGGAGUCGAAGAUGAACUGGGGGUCCUUUUAUGCCGUGAUCAGCGGCGUAAACAGGCAUUCCACCGGCAUCGGACGCAUCUGGCUCUCGGUCAUCUUCAUCUUCCGAAUCCUGGUGCUGGUGGUUGCCGCCGAGAGCGUCUGGGGGGAUGAGAAGUCCGGCUUCACCUGCAACACUCAGCAGCCUGGCUGUAACAGCGUCUGCUACGACCAGUUCUUCCCCAUCUCGCACAUCCGGCUGUGGGCUCUUCAGCUAAUCCUGGUCUCAACCCCGGCACUGCUGGUAGCCAUGCAUGUCGCCCACCGGCGACACGUGGACAAGAAAGCCCUGAAAAGGUCAGGGCGAGGUAGCCCCAAAGAGCUGGAACACAUCAAGAACCAGAAAUUUCAGAUCACAGGAGCUCUUUGGUGGACAUACAUGAUCAGCAUCGUCUUCAGAAUCAUCUUUGAGCUGGCGUUCCUCUACAUCUUCUACUUGAUCUAUCCAACUUUUAAAAUGGUGCGUUUGGUGAAAUGUGACUCAUAUCCGUGCCCCAACACGGUGGACUGCUUCGUCUCCAGACCAACAGAAAAGACAAUAUUCACAGUGUUCAUGCUGGCUGUGUCUGGAGUGUGUGUGCUGCUCAACCUGGCCGAGGUGGUUUACCUCAUAGGAAGGGCCUGCAAACGGUGCAUGAGUCGCCCUGAGGAUGAGUCAAAAGCUGCUUGGAUAACUCAAAAGUUGUCUUCAUACAGACAAAAUGAAAUCAAUCAGCUGAUAGCGGAUCAUUCUCUCAAGUCCAAGUUAACUGUGACCAAAAAGAGCCCGACUGAAAAGGGCGAGAGGUGUUCUGCCUUCUAAAGCUUAUUUAAACUAACGAGUCCUGCCUGUCAAAUAAGUAUCCUCUGCAUUAAUGACACCUAAACUGUAUAUCUGAUUAUUUUACCUGCUAUUUAUAUGUAAUAAAAACAAUUACUUGUUGUUUUCUUUAUAUUUAUGGGAAUGAAAAACGGUCUGCCUUUUCUUGCCUGAACCAUUUAAAGUCUAUGAAGACUUGGGAAAGGUUUUCUCCAAAUUUCACAUGGCGUACCGUGAUGUGUUAGGUUUUUGCUUUUUAUAGUGUCCUCUGCUCAUUCCCACACAAGUCGAUGCUGUGGGAAAACGUCCUGAUUUACGCCAAACUUCAGUGGUCAUGCCUUCAUUUGUUUCGUUCAGGGUUGCAUAUCUGAGGCAUGACAGAAAAUUCCGAUUGCAAUGGAUUUGAUGAGAUCUAGCAGGUCCAGACAGUCUGUACUCUUGAAGUUCCCAGUUUAUUUGCCAGCAUAGUUGUAUAUAUAUGAGCUGUGAAAUGAAGAAGAACCUUCUUGCAUGUUUCUAUUUUACCAUAAAAUAUGUGAUGUGAUUUUUUUUUGUUGCAAACGUAUCAUUUUUGGAAAAUGAUUCUGGAUCAGGUUGCAUAGGAAUAUAAAUCACAGCAGGUUCGCCUUUUUUUCCCCGUUGAAACCAUUAGGGUUAUUAAACUUUAGCUGCCUUUCUUGAGUAAAACAUUUUUUUUUUUGUCUGGUAGAGAGGGAACAUCAAUAAAGCAUUCAAAAUUCCAGAUAAGACACUUGUUUAGCUAUAAAAAGCAUACUCUUGUAUUAUUGAUGUUCAGAUCAAAGCUGAUACAUGAAAGAGAAAGUCGUUG